AUGCGUCGGGACUAUUACGACGGGCACGAGGAGGACCGUAGCGACGACGACGACGACGACGACGACGACGACGCGCGUGUUAGUGUUGCGGGUGUACGCUCGGGUGAUGGUCCGCGCGACGACUACAAACACGAAGACGCGUUUCGCGAGGACUACAUCCGCGCCGAGGAGAAGAAGGAGGUGGUGGACGCGGUCAGUCGCGUCGGUGUAUCGAACGGUGCUGGCGAGGCAUCGUCAUUUUCGUCGUCCGCCGGGAGAAAACGUCAACGUGAACGCGUCGAUGACGGUUACGGUCAUGAUUGUCCGACAGUGGACGAGCAGUUCCACGGGCGGGAACGAAGGAGAAAGAGGAGGAAGAGGAGUGCGGGUGGAGAGAACAACGAGAGGAGACGAGGAGGAGGAGGCGGCGACGACGGCGGAUCAGGGAACCGCGAGGGUGUCGGAGUCGACAAGCCGCGUAGUACGCACAGGAGCUACUACAGGCUACUCCUCUUCGUGCUGUACCUUCUAGCGUGGCCCUUGCUGUGCUCGACCAGUGCCUCGGGUCACCUCGCCUCGACCUUCGCGCAGAACCCGACCCUCGCGCACGCCAAGAACCCCGCGCAGCGUAACGCCACACCGUUGUACACCAACCUGUUUUCGUCGUCGACGGUCGUCGUGCACCAACACCAGCAACCGCAACAAUAUGUUCAGGGUAGCGAUUACAAUACAGACGACAGCGAGCGUCAUCGUCAUCACCAGGAGCAGCCAAAGCAGCAGCCGCAACAGCAGCGACAGCAGCAAGAACAGGCAUCACAAGAGCCAAGGCAGCAGGAAAGGAAGGAGAAGCGGGAGCAGGUGGAUCAAGAGUCCGAGGUUUGGGACCCUCAUGAGGAAUACAUCUGGGAGGUGAACCAGCUGAAUCCUUGGCUGUCGGCCUGCGACCUGGCGGGACCAGCGCCGGCCGAUCUUCAGGGUAGCUGUGGUCCACCGGAGGUGCCGAAGAACUGCCCGCUGCCGUGCGCCACGACGUCGCGGGACGUUUUCCGCGAGGUAAUCGACGGGUCGAGAGUCAGCGGCGACGCGAGCACGACGACGAUGUCGUCGUCGGCGACCACGACGACGACCACGACGACGAGAACGACGUCGACGAUGACGAGGACGACGAUAAAGACGAAGACGAAGACGGGGGUCGAGAGCGGCGAUCGACAUGGAGCGUAUACCGAGGAGGCGGGCGUACGGACGGCCCCGGAACAGUGCCUUUUUUAUCUCGAGGAGUCGCACAAGAGGGACAUCUGUCGGGACGAUUUCGGCCGGGCCAGUACGCGAAGUUUUUUAACCCCAAGGGAGAAUCGAUAUUGGUUCAUGAGCGGGUUGCGUCUGCGGCAUUGCUGCGAGCACGCGGUGGUCAACGCCCUGGCGCCCGGCAAGGGCGGCCCGCUCAACGACGUGCUAAACGGUGGCCUCAAGUGCGCCGAUGCCCUGGACAAGCUGUUGCUCGUCGAUGCCCUGGCCGCGAGGCUGCAUUGCGAGUUCGAGGAGGUACUGGCGCGCUACGAUUGCGCCCAGCCGUACUCCGUCAUCCACAACUGCACCCAUUGCAAGGAGGCGUAUAGAAAAUGGGUGUGCAGCUCCCUGGUGCCUUACUUUGCUCACGGGGGACCGAUGGACGCGAAAAGCCUGGGGGGCAGCUGGACCGGCACCAGAUUAAGGCCCUGCCGAUCCAUCUGCCAGUCCGUGGAGCAACGUUGUCCCUACUUACUUCCGGGCGAUCGUGCCCCCGCGUACCCCACGCAAUACGCCGGUGAACCCACCUUUCUUUGCAGAGACCCGAACAUCCCCGAGACCGGCGGGCAGGCCGCGAGGGCGUUGCACAACAGCGAUGACGACGAGUGCUGCUUCCACGUGUGCUCCGAGGACGCGCCAGGAUCGGGUAUCUGCGCCAACUGUACAGAGCCAUGGAAACAUGGCAGGGUCCACGACCCCUCGACGGCGCCCCACUGCGAGAUCAACAUCCCUCAGGCUGGUUUUACAGGUGAACAGAAUACGGACUCGCAGGCGGGCCAACCGGAAGUGACUACGGAUCGCGGACUGGUCGACGGCGACGGCGACGGCGACGACGACCAGGACACCGACGGCGCUUCCUCAUCCACCACCAUCACUCCGACGUCAUCGACGACCGUGGGCCAGCAGGACACGUCGUUCUGCGGCAGCGGCCGCAUCGGCUCGAUACCGAGCGCGUCCUCUCUCGGCCGAUCGACCCCGCCAGUCGUCCUUCAACUCCUUUGGCUCUUUUGGAUGAUCUUGAUCUUCUUGUCUGGUAACGGAGCGCUACGCAACAACAGCCUCGUGAGCUCCUUCGCUCUGCUCCGGCUGAUCGGCUCCUCGUGCUUGCUUCUGAGAACGCGCCUCGGUCUCGAGGGUGGUAGUCUGCGUUUCGCUUUCUUCGGAUCGCGCGCGGCCAAAAUCGCCGUAGUGCGUAGCUUGCUGUUCGUCCUCGGGAUGUCGCGGAGAGCGGUGAUGAAAUGCCGUCGUCGUGGGUGGUGGUGGUGGAGGUCCUGGAGGAGAUCCAGCAGCCGACACUUCCGCUGGAAAUCCCGACUGAAGGAGGAGGAACGCCGUCCUCGAGUCCUCCGGCGAUUUGGAGGUCGAGCUCGGGGUCGCGCGCGCCUCGACCACAAGGACCCGGCGAGAGUUCCCGUCGCGAUGCCUCGCGGGAUCUCGAGGAGGAUCACGAGGAGUCGUCGGUGGGAAAGGUACAGGUGGUGCAGUUCGCGCGGCGCCGACGAUCCCGGCAGUUGUCGUUGCCGGCGAAAACCGCGACCUCCGACUGCCGACAAGAGGACUCCCGACGUCGCGUUCUGGCGAUCCGUCCUGCGCGACGCGUCCAUUUCGAUUCUCGGGUUGUCCCCGAAGCUCGCGGCGUGUUCGCGUCGGUUUCGCGACUGGUGGUGCUGGUGGUUGUGGCGUUGGUGGCGGGAGUGCCGGGAUACGGAGCCGCGGGACGCGUUCGUGUCCUCGCGGAGGAAGGAUUGCACGGCGGUUUGCGGAACGCGACGGCGACGAGGAAGAAGAAGAAGAAGAAGAAGCAGUAGCAGCAGAAGAAGAAGAAGAAAGAGAAGACGGGGUACUUCCGGAUUACUCGAGAGGGACGUCGCGUGUUCCGCCAAGUCGACGUCGAGGAAGGACCCGCCAUAAAAUGGCUUGCCUCGCUUUCCUGAAUACGCAGGAUCGUACGGGUUUUUUUCUAUCGCGGCAGCCGCGAGCUUUCCCUCGCGGUGCCGACACUCGAGAAGCACACAGGGUCGAUGAUCGUCGCGGAGCACGAGGAUCGCGCGGGCCCGAUCGACACGAGAGAAAGAGAGAGGGGGGAGGAAGAAAGAGAGAGAAACAGAGAGAGGGGCGACGUCGAACAGCCGAGAGCGAGCACACGCAGAAUGUCCUCAGAAAGGACGUCAGCGGAUAGAAAACACCACCAUCUCGUGCCGCGUGAGGAACGACGCCGACGGCGGGAGGCAACGGCUGAGGGUCGACGAAGGAUUCGAGGUGCGAGAGCGGAAACGCGGUCGGCGGUCUCGUCGAAGGCGAUUUGAGCGAUCCCGCAGGUUGGAGCAAACGAGGGGAUAAGGGAGAAAACAGGCGAAACGACAAAAACAGCAAACACAUAAAUCAUCAACAACCGAGAACGAAGGAAACGUAAUGUCUAGCGUUAAUAAUAAUGAUAAUAAUACAAUAAUAAUGAAUACAACAAAAUAAAAUAAUGAAUAAAUAAAUAAUAAUAGUUAAUAAUAAUAAUGAAAUAAAAAAUGAUUAUUAAAUAAUGGAGUAAUAAACGGUAUAAAUAAAUAAAUAAAUAAAUAAAAUAAAUAAAUAUAUAUAUAUAAAAAGAGAGAGAGAAACACGAUCGAAGAGUAAUGUCUAAAGUAAACGAUAGAAUGAUAACGAUACAAUUAUUAUUAUUAUUAUUAUUAUUAUUACACAUUAAAUUGCGUUAUACACAAAGCGAGUGAGAGAGAGAGAGAGAGAGAGAGAGAGAGAGAGAGAGAGAGAGAG